AUGUCCUUUACUGUCUCGAAAAAGAAUAAAAAUAAGUUAAAACCUGUGGAUUUUUCCUCGAAAUUAAAUGAAUGUAGAGAUAUCAUAAGAGAAUCAUUAAUGUUCCAAGACUUGAAAACAAUAUUGGAUAGUACUGCAAACUCAAUUAAGGCAAUAAGAUGUCUAGCCAUUGGUAGCUUUACUGAAGACUUUCCAGCCAGGUACCAAUUAGCUUUACUACUAGAAAUUAUUGACUAUCUUGAACAUACUAGUGAUACUCCUUCUAUCGUUGUUUCAGUCUAUGAUCCUGUAUUUACAAAUCAGGAUAAAGAUUUUAUUAAAGAAAAGGGUUCAUUUUGGUCAAUUGAUGAAACUUUGCCACCUAAAAAUUUCGAAAGUGAUUCUACAUUAUUCUUUCUUCCGCACGCUCCUUUAGAUCUUACAGAAAACAUUUUAGUUAAAGAGAGACCGAAAUAUUUUUUGGCUAACAACAUAAUUCAACACACUGAUAGAUAUACUGCUUCGCAAUUAAAUACAAAAUACCCUGUUUUAAGUAAACUAGCAAAUGUGUUAAGCUCUUCACAAAAUGAAAAUAUAAAAACCAACAACACUAAUCGAGAAGAUUUACUCAAAGAUGACGGAUUCAUCAUAAAUGUUUCUAAGAAAAAACAUAGAAGAAAUAAAAACAAUAAAUAUGUUUUUGAAGAACCACAUAUUGAUUAUUCUCUAAUUGAUUCUUAUUUUUAUGCUUGUAAAAUCUUAACCAGUUUCAAUAAUGGACAACAUUUAAAGGAUCAACCCUGGAUUAAUUCGUUCUCUGAUUUAACUUUUCAUAUCAUUGAAUAA